CCCGCGGGGACCCGAGGCACGGCGACCCGGAAGGCCGGCGGAGCCGGAAGGAAGGAGGGCGGAGCCAGGGCGGCCGUGGCCUGUGAGCGCCUCGCUGGCGCUGGCAGAGCGGAGCCGGCUGCGCGCGGAGCGGUGCUCAGUGUCCCCGCGGUCCCAGACGCCAGCACGGUAAAGGUGCGCGUGGGGAAGCCAGGGUCUGCGGAGCCGGUCGGGAACCCCACGGUGUCGGGCACACUGCUGUUCAUCUUCACGCAAAGGAACCGUGGCGCGGACAGGCCUAAGCUGCAGCGCCGAGGUCUGCCGAGAUGCCCAUCCAGGUAGAUGACAUUAUGAAGCUCCUGUGUUCCAUUUCCCACGAGAGAAAAAUGAAGGCGGCCGUCAAGCACUCUGGGAGGGGUGCCUUGGUUGCGGGGACAGUGGCCUUCGUCGGUGGUUUGGUUGGUGGCCCGCCAGGAAUUGCUUUUGGGGGGGCUGUUGGGGGCCUGUUGGGGGCCUGGAUGACGAGUGGACAGUAUAAGCCAGUUCCUCAGAUCUUAAUGGAGCUGCCCCCCGCCGAACAGCAGAAACUUGUUAACGAAGCCGCGGCCAUCAUCAGAAACUUGGACUGGACAGAUGCUAUACAGCUCACUGCUCUGGUCAUGAGCAACCAGGCCAUACAGCAGAAGCUCUUGGCCAUGCUAGCCACCUAUGUCACCAAGGAGCUGCAGGCUGAGAUCCGCUAUGAUGACUAGAUCACUCUUCCUGGGGGAUGGGCUUGCAUUUGGAUGAUUCCACGACUCCCAGAAGGUGACCUGGGAAUGGGGGGGUGCCUGGCAGGUGCGUUGAGAAACCUGUACGCCAACCGUAUUGACUAUAAGCCGGAGUACAUCCGGUUGGACUGUCCCCUGCUGGAGUACAUCCUGUUGGACCAUCCUUCGCUGGAGAGGCUUCAGCUGUGCAUUGUGGGCUGUGUGUGCUAUGGGAAGGUCCAGGCUGUUGGCAUCCACAGACAGCUUAGAAGUCUUCCUGAUCCUGUGGGUCUAAAAGGAGUUCUCAGGUUGGCUGGCCAACUGUGCCGGGUGCUCCUCAUCCUGUGAAAGCACCUCUAGGUUACCUGUGACAGGAUCGGAGGGGUCCUGGGGGGGUUCAGAGCCAGCUCUUGACAGGAUGUGCUUACUUGUUGAGUGUUCCCCUUCUUUGCCCAGGGACUUCCCAGUGGUCUCACGAUGACAGUGGUCCCUACUUUGAGCGAAGCCACAAACGCCAGGCAGGUCCCCAUGCCCCAGGCUCUCUUGAGUAACUUUGGUUAAACUUCUAAAGUCUUUUGCCUUAAUUAUGGAAAAUCAUGGCACUUAUUUAUCUUUUACUUUUUUUUUUCGAGACAGGGUUUCUCUGUAGCUUUGGAGCCUGUGCUGGAACUAGCUCUUGUAGCCCAGGCUGGCCUUGAACUCACAGAGAUCCGCCUGCCUCUGCCUCCCGAGUGCUGGGGUUAAAGGUGUGCGCCACCACCGUCUAGAUCUUAUUUAUCCUUUACUUUUAUUGUCAACUCUAGACCCUUUUAGUCUCUACACUUGUAGUCUAAGUUAAUUUCACGCUAUUUUUUUUUUUUUUCUUACUAUGGUGCCUGGACUGGCCUUGAGUUCCUGGGACUGUAGGCUGUGGCACUGUACCCAGCUUUACCUCAGAGACUGUUCUCCUCGCCACUGAUUCUAAGUUUGUUCUUCCAGGUUCUCUAUCCCAGCUCAGUUUCCUCCCCUCACUGGCUGCAAUUUACAAUUCACUUGUGUGGAAAGACAAAAUUAACAAUGAAUAGAGUUCAAAGAUCCUAACUGAGCUGGGUGCUGUGGUGCACACCCACAGUCCCAAGUAAGGGAGAGGUCAAAGCAGGAGCAUCCUUGAGCCCAGGAUUCAAGACCAACCUGGACAACAUGGAGGAGCUGGGAGAUAGAAGGUGGGGACAUAGCUCCUUACUUAGCCUUUAUUUACAGUCACAGAAUCAAGACGCAGUGAGUGUUCUGAUGUGCUUGACAGGAGACGAAGGGCAAACACAAACAACACCAGCACUGAGGUUAACCCCUGGGCAGCACCUUAUCUCCCUGGUUAAAACCGGGGAUUUGGACAUCCUCUCCUUGAUUUCCCCAAGUGACAACAGCUCAAACCCGACAAGCAGCUUGUUUGGUGUUCGUUUUUCUUGUGAUGCUGUGGAUGGAUCACAGGGCCUGCAUAUGCUAGGUAAAUACCACCCCUGAGCCCUGCUCUCCCUUGGUAGAUCCAAGGCCAGCGCUGUAUGGCUAAGCCUGCUCCAAGCCCUUGAGUGGCUCAGUUUCGGUUUGGCCAGUCCUAGUGCUGGAGCUCAAUGGAUGACAUCAUAUAUAUUUGAUUAAAUACUUGAUACUUCUUUUUAUCCCCUGUUAGAGAUGGGCGCCAGGGAGCGUAGGAGGUAUGUGUCUUGGUCGCCCUUCCUAUCUCCAGCUUGCUCCUGCUAGGCACCAUGGCUUUUCUGUGGGGGACACUCAAUAAAUAUUCAUCUUUAACACUAUGUGAUUUAUGUCUUUCUGGAUUCUUGUUUGUUUGUUUAUGUUUUGUCUGCAUUUAUGUAAGCACAGUAUGUAUGUGUGUGAUUCCCACAGAGGCCAGAAGGGGGCACUGGACCUCCUAGAGCUGGAGUUACUGACAGUGUGAACUGUCAUGUGGGAGCUGGGAACCGAACCCAGGCCCUCUGCAAGAUCAUUGAUGGCUAAACCAGCUCCCUACCUCUAGGUGUUGUUUUUUUUUUUUUUUUUCAAAACAGGGUUUCUCUAUGUGGUUCUGCUUGGUUUCAAACUCAUGAUCCUCCUGCCCCAGCCUUUUGAGCCAUGAGAUUACGGGCAGGCAUCACCAAGCUAAGAUCUAUAAUAUUUUGUUGCUGUUGAAGUCUUUACAUUCUCAUUGUUUCUGUUUUAUUAUUUUGGGAUAGGAUCCCAGGUAGCCCAGGCUGGCCCCCAGUUCUCUGUAAUGCGAAAGAUGGCCUUGAACUCUUGACCCUCCUGCCUCCACCACCCACCAAGUGUUGGGAUCAUAGAGGCGUGCGUCGCUAUGCCCGGCUUCAGCAAACGGUUUUGGGAGUCGUUGUUUUGAAAUCACUUCCUAUGGAACUCCUCCAGGAAAAAGACAAAUGACAGAGGAAGCCUAGGAUCCGAUUUCAAGCUUCUUGAAACAAGUGGGGUCACCAACCAUGGAAGCCAGACUUUGACCUGGUGAUUCUAGAACCCAGAGCCCUCACUCAAACACCAAAUGGGAGCUCCUCAGUUUUCGCGAACAAGUUUGGGGAAUGUUUUCCACACGGACUAUUUUUAGUAAGAUGUAUGCUGUCUCUGAAGUGAUGGUGGUGAGGCCCACCCAUGGACAACCAGGAUUUCUAUCCCCAGGUCUUCCCUGAUGCUAUCUUCUCUUUGCUUUCAAGACUACACCCCGAAUGUCAUCAAAUUACUAAUAAAUUACUUUCCUCUGAAAAAGUCA